AUGGUAGGCAGGCACUCCUCCCUUUUGGUGACCAAACGAAGCUUGAGGAACUCUGACUCUGGCUCUGGCAAGCGGCCGAGACGAGUCGUUCAAACCAAAAAUGUUGAUGACACCGUUGGGUUAUCUCGGAGAGAAGAGCAAGAACUGAACAAGGCACUAUACGCCUCACUUCAGGAGAAUCGGCGUUCCAAAGCCCUUCCAGGUUUUGGCGACGGCAUCGGCGACUACUCCAGUAGCAAUCACAUCAGCAGCAGCUGCGUCAGUAGCAAUAACCUCAGUAGCUGCAGCAGCAGCACUACCAGUAUUGGGAAAGGCAGCAUCAAAGGGAACAGGAGCCUGCAAGAGGCAUCCUCCUCCACCACCACCACGUCCACCAUCAGCAGCAGUGGCGGGAGCAGAGUUUGCAGGCCACAGAAAGUUGUGCAGACUCUGAAACAUUCUGUGCUUUCUGGCAGGGUCUUCCCUAAGCGCCCAUCUCGGCACAGAGAGUUGGCAGCAAAUUUAAGUUUGGAUGAGAGUAGCCAAGACUCAGUCAGGUCCUCGGCCAGUUCCCACAAUGGAUCCAAAAGGAAGGUCCACGCCCAGAGAAAGUUUGCACAGGGCUGUUCCCUGCCUGGGAUGACCAGCUGCACACCGGUCAAGUUCGCCGCCCCUGCGGUCAAGGUGUUGUCCUCCAAGAUGCCCAAAACUGAGGACUUUCUGACCUUCUUGUGUCUGAGAGGAUCCUCAAUCCUUCCGGCACAUUUGGAUUUCUUCAACUUCUCCCUGGAGGAGCCGCCCUCAUGCCAGGAAGGCUCCAAGUCGGGAUCCUACGCCGACAAAAAUCCCAGAGAGAGGACCUCAGACUCCUCGAGCACCGGCAGCGGCCCCAACGAUGAAGUGGCCGAGGCUGCUAGUGUUACAACACCAACCAUGACCAGACGCAGCGGUGGAGGUUCGCUGGCAAGACGUUCUGCUGCCCGGGCCAGUGCCGGCACUCCUGAAACAGCUCGCGGUAUCGUUAGCCUGCGGCAAGGGUUACAACGCAAGGUAUCAACUUCUUCUUCAUCAUCGUCGUUGACUCGGUUUCCGGUUUCCUCCUCUUGCCUGCUUCCAGCGUCGCAGCUUACUAACAACACACCUUGUCAGUAUAGAAAUAAGUUCUACUUCACUCCAGAGAAGUCUCCGUCCCCGUCUAAAACCAGCGGCAUCAGGCCAGGGGAGUUUACUCCCCCAUCUUUAUUCUCCUCCACGUCACACAUGAGCUCAACGUACAAAUUCUCACCUCUGGUAUGUAGCCCUUCCAAGUUUUCAUCGACCGAGCAGCCUUUUGGGUCUCCAGCCAGCCAGAGUACGUCCUCCCGAUCCUCGUCCUUGUCAAGCACUUCAUUGUGUGGUGCUUCUAAAAGAAAACGACGGAUAACAGUUCCAUCAAGGACUGCAACCACCAAGAAGAGUCCUCUUGGCGCCUUCACACCAGUCGCAGCCUCAUUUAGGAGUCCUGGCAGACCUGUAAGGUCUGGAUCUCCCGGAAGGGUCAGGAGGUCAGACGAUCUAUUGGAUGAUUCUGUGGGCAACAUAAAGAGUGCCCGGAAGAGCCUCUUUGGCAAGCCCACAAGUGUUGUCCAGCAGCAAGCAAGAAGAAUCAAAGAGAAAUCCGUGGCAAGUUCUGGUUUACGGUGGAAGGAUCGGAUCAGGACAAAAUUAAUUAGGUCAGAUGAUGAGGAUGUUGAUAAUAAGAAGAGAACUUUGAAGUCAGGAAGGUCAGAAAGAAGAAAAAGGAAAAGACCAGAUGAUUUUGUGCAGGAGGGAUCUGAAAGAAGAAGCAUUAAUAAAAGGCCGAAAAGAGAGGCAAAGAGAAGCAGAAGAUCCAGUACAAGACUUCGUGAGAUGUCGCGUCAUGCAAAGGGAAGUAAUCUGUACCGACGUACAAACACCGCAGACAAAGCAAAUAGCAUGAAAACAACUGACAAGGACAUGAGUACCAGCUUGGCCGUGGGAGAGACUGAUGAGAAUCCGUCAACACACAGUGUAAAGACGGAGAGAGCUGAGAGGACUAGCUCAGGUUCAGCAACUAAGCCUCGAAAGCCGUACAAGAUCCGACCUCUAGAGAGGGUUAGAACCAGAGCAUACAGCCUUCUUCAAGCCUCCAAGCAAGCACUGAAGAAAGCUAGACGAGAGAAUGCCGCAGUUAAACAUAAAGCUGCCUCCAGCAGUCACAAUCGCUCGAGUGAGGACAGCAGAAAAAGGUCUGAAUUUGAUUCUCGGAAGAGUCCUGUGAGGACUAGGACUGCCGCUGAGAAGCAGCAGGUCACAGCAGAUAAAGCUGUCGCGCCACAGGUCACAGCAGAUAAAGCCGUCACACAGCAGGUCACAGCAGAUAAGGCCGUCACGAGCACAGGAGUGGAUGAUCCAGUCAGAUCCGCAUUGAUCCAGCCUAGAGUGGAGAUAAGUCCAGGGUCUACCUGUGUUAUUUCUGACAAGAUUCAUGUGGCCAGGAGCAGUAAGGUUUCCAAAGAUGGAGCGAGGUCAGCCACUAGAAGACCCACUCCUAAAAAGGCUAAAGUUCAGACAAGUCCUUCCGGAGUGCCUUCCUCACAAACUGCAGCAGAAGAGAACAGUAUCCCCACAUUCCAUCCCACAGAGGCGGAGUUUUCAGACCCAAUUACAUACAUUAGUCAAAUCCAGCCCUUGGCCGGGUCUUAUGGGAUGUGUCGAAUAAUUCCACCACCAAGUUGGAAGUUGGACAGCAACAAGAUCAGUGAUGACAUCCGCUUCACGCCUCAGGUGCAGCAUGUCCACAGACUGUAUCAGAGGUGGGGUCCAAAUGUCCAGCACAGUGCAGCCAUCAACCAUCAUUUGCUGUCUGAGAUGUCAAAUGUCACUACAACGCCCCAGAUUGGUGGAAUAGAGAUUGACCUGCACCAGCUGUACCAACUAGUGGAAGAAGCAGGCGGGCCCAAAAAGAUGAAUGAUAAAAAGCACUGGGCCCGUAUCGCUGACAUUAUGAACAUCCCAAAACAGGCUAUGGACAGAACUAUGCGGCUGUACGACAUCUACUGCCGGCACGUGUUCCCCUACGCUACUCUGUCGGCUGAAGAGAGGAAGCACCUGGAGGAUGAAGUUAAAGCCAUCCAUGAUUUGCAGACGGUAGAGGACGACGCUGUCAUCCGGGGCAAGUCCAUGCCAGUGAGUUGGUUUAACCGAAUUGCACGGAAUGUCCAGGCCAUGUGGUUCAAGGAGGACGCCACCCCGUCUCAGAUUGAGAGCCGAUACUGGCCGGUCAUUGAGGACAAAACCAAGCAUGUGGUGGUCCACUGCGGUCACAUAAACACACGGACCCAAGCCAGUGCCUUCCCCACCCGCAGAGACAGUGCCUACACACGACAUCCAUGGAACCUGAACAACGUGGUGGAGAACCAGCAGUGCGUGCUCAAGUACCUGGGCCCGGUUUCUGGAGUCAGCAUUCCUACCCUGCACAUGAACAUGCUGUUCUCAACAUCCUGCUGGUCUGCCGAUCCUCACAAUCUGCCGUACAUCCAGUACCUUCACACGGGUGCUGAGAUCAUCUGGUAUUGCAUUCCAAAAUCGCAGCAUUCCCGAUUCCGUGGUGCCAUGACGGAGUUGGUGCCUUCUCUAGUCGCACACAAGCAAAGAUGGCUGAAGGAGGAUUGUGUCAUGGUCAAUCCACAGCUGCUCCGGAAAAAAGGGCUGAGGAUUGGUCGAUGUAUACAGAGCCCUCGCCAGUUUGUGGUUGUGUUCCCAGGUGCCUUCACAUCAACGAUUUCUUGUGGGUACAGCGUGGCCGAGAGCGUGCACUUUGCCACCAGCAAGUGGCUGCCGCUAGGAAUGGAGGCUGCUCUGACAUUGAGUAAAAGUGGGGAGAAAGAACUGUUCUCCAUGAGUGCCUUGUUGUGCAGUCUAGCGCAGGAUGAGAAUGUUGAUGCAGCGACGUUGACUGAAGCCUUGCCUUUGUUGUCUGCUAUUGUCUCACGAGAGUUGGAACUGCGGACCCAACUUCAUGCGGCUGGCAUUCGUGGUGAAAAACGGGCAGUUUUCACGGAAUCUCCAGUCCCUGGCAAUUUGGCGCACAAGAAACGAUUGCGAGCUGUCGAUGAUGAAAAAGUUUGCGACGUUUGUGACAAGAUUUGCUACUUAUCAAUGGUGCUAAAUGAACAGAAGGAACAAGUACUUUGUCUGGAGCAUGGGGUCCGACAUGUACAAAGAAGAAAGCAUCUGAAAUCCACUCGCUUGUUUCUCCGACAUAACCAGACUGAGCUGGAGGCCAUGAUUAAAGAGUGCCGUGAGCGGUUGACACGACUCACCAACUCACAGGACCACACAUCCACAUCUCAGGAAAACAAAAUCAGGAAUAAUUUAAAAUGA